UGAUUAUAAUAUAAUUCUGUCAUAUUCCUAUGGUUACCGUUACUAACUACAGCUAGUAAUAGUGGGAUCCAUCUAACUCUCUACUUCAUGAGCAGUGAAGUAAGUAGCAGCAAUCUCAUAGAAAGAAACGAUAUCAUGUUCGCCUAUGAAGACAUGCCCAAGUUACUAUCACAACACCAAUCUCAUUCUCAUCAACAACUACUUCACCUCUCUUCCUCCUCUAUCAGAGAUGUCAAUUACAGUUGUGGUUCGUGCGGUUAUGAACUGAACUUGAACUCAAGCAACCGCAACACAACAUCUCUCAUCGAUUCAAAUUAUGGAAAAUCAAUAAAGAAGACGAAGAAGAAAUGUCUUAUAUCGUUCUUCUCCAUUGAUGAGACCAGAUUCACUCACAUCCAACAAUUCUCAUUCUCAUGGAGGAUUUCCUUUUUCAACUUCCAACGCGCCACAACAACAACCAAACUCCUCUGCCGCAACUGUAGGAAUCACCUAGGCUAUGCUCGCACUUUCCUUUCUCACUCUCGUGAUCACUCAUGGGACGGUAUCUCUGAUUCUAGAAUCUUCUACAUCAAACUCAACGCCAUUCAACCUUCCAACACAUAACUCAUUUUCUUGUUUAAUUUCAUAACUAUAGAUAUCUCUUGUUGUAUCUGUAUGAAUGUCAAUUAUUACUACAUAAUAGAGAAAUAAGUGUUAGCUAAUGUACUUGCUGGUAUUCGGUUAGAGUUAGUUACAAUUCGUUAUUU